AAAACCAACACAAGUGUCAGUGUUGUUGUUUUCAUAAUCUCGAUAUCCAGCUGGGUGUCUUGUUUCAAUCAUGGCUCUACUUCGCUCCAGUAAAGCUGUCGUUUCACAAUGCUUCUCCCGAAGCUUGUCCGUAUCGGCCAACAAGCUGGGAAGACCCGAGCCAGCAUCGUCACCGAACAUGUUGGAUAUCGGAACCCGACGUAUUUUCAAUGAAGAUCACGACAUGCUCAGGGAGGCGUGCAGGAGAUUUGUGGAAGCUGAAAUUGUCCCCAACCAUCGACAGUGGGAGCAGGACGGUAUGGUCAGCAAAGAGAUUUGGGAGAAAGCUGGCAGCAAUGGAUAUUUGAAUGUGAACAUUCCCGAGGAACAUGGCGGUAUUGGUGCUGAUUUCAAGUCUGCCAUGGUGAUUGCUGAGGAAGUCAUUGGAAGUGGGUGCACUGGUCCCUUCUUUUCUUUGCACUCUGACAUCAUCGUGCCCUACAUCUCCAAGUAUGGCUCUGAUGAGCAGCGGAAACGCUUCAUCCCGGCUAUGACCGCUGGAACUUGCGUGACAGCUAUUGGAAUGUCAGAGCCAGUGGCUGGAAGUGAUCUGCAGGGUUUGCAGACUCAUGCUGUGCGUGAUGGAGAUGACUACAUUCUCAACGGCAGUAAGACAUGGAUCUCCAAUGGUCAGCUUGCUGAUGCGGUUGUAGUCGUUGCCAAGACGAAGAAAGAAGGACGUGCAGCCCAUGGACUUUCACUCUUUGUAGUGGAGAGAGGAAUGCCUGGAUUCGAGCGUGGCAAGAACUUGAGCAAAAUCGGCCUCAAAGCACAGGACACCAGUGAGUUGUACUUCAGUGAUGUGCGUGUACCGGCCUCCAACAUGUUGGGAGAGGAGAACAAGGCAUUCUACUACAUGAUGAAUGAGCUGCCACAGGAGCGUCUUUGCGUAGCAGUGAUGGCACAGACUGCUGCCGAGGCUCUCUUUGAAUGGACUCGAGAAUACUUGCAGGAUAGGAAAGCUUUCGGUGGUCCGCUUUCAAAAAUGCAGUUGAUCAAGCAUCGCAUGGCAAAGAUGAAGACAGAAAUCUCUGUGGGCCGUGCAUUCAUCGAUAGCUGCAUUGAGCGUCAUGAUGUGCAUGAACUAGACUCUGCCACUGCUUCCAUGGCCAAAUCCUGGGCGUCUGAGCUGCAGAACCGCGUGGCUGACGAGUGUGUUCAGCUUCAUGGUGGUAUGGGCUACAUGUACGACUACAAGAUUGGCCGUGCUUACGUCGAUGCUCGAAUUCAACCUAUCUAUGCUGGCACCAACGAGAUCAUGAUGGAUCUGGUGAGCCGCACAAUCUUUCCCAACUAGAUCCUGAUUCAAACCGUUGAAUAUAACUGACUUCAAAUGACAUUGUAGUCCCAUCACUAGCAGGCUCCUCUCUUUUUCCACAGUAUUUUCUAUAAUAAUUUCUACUUCAGAGUUCUCAACAAUUCUUUAAAGCUGCGGCUAGCCAUGUCAUGGAAGUUGGGAUACCGGUAGUUCUAUGAGAGUUCUUAUACAAGUAAUUCAAUCCAAGUCAUCUGAUGUUUAUAGUACGUUUACUAUUUAUGCAGAAGUCCAGUACAGGUGGCGUGAUAACGGACUGUGGUGUGAGAUUUACGGACAUACUAGUGAUACUCAGGUAUGGAGAAUAUUUCUUCUCCCACGUCACAGUCUUGACAUAGAUUGCCUGCAACCAAUCCUACUUUGGAUAUACUGACUUUUUGGCCGCUUUCCUAGUUCUUCCUUAGUGUCCCUUACUGCGCCUUAGUGAACUUUAGGUGGUGCAACAGUGUUUACUAUUAUUUCCUCUCCGGA